AUGGCUGAUAAGCUAUCCGUGAGUGAUAGUGUACCUAAAAUUUAUCAGUUUGCUCGUGACGGUUCUCCUAAUCUGACUGAUCUUUUAAAGCGGCUGAAACCAGACCAAAGAAAAACCGCUUUGAAGACAAAAACUAAAGAUGGCAGCCAUUUUGUCACUCCUCUUAUCGUCGCUGCUCACAAUGGACACCUGAAUUCCGUGAAGAUUCUUCUGAAAUAUGGAGCAGACAUUGAGACUCGAGGAACGCUUAAGAUAGGAGACGAAGUUAUAACGGGUUGUACACCUUUGUGGGCCGCUGCUGAUACUGGUCAUCUUGAUGUUGUGAGAUUGUUAAUCAAACGAAAUGCAGACGUUGACGGCAGAACAUCGUCGGGGUCGACUCCAUUGAGGGUUGCUGCCCAUGAUGGACACCUCGACGUUGUGAGAUGUUUGGUUGUGAGCGGGGCAGAUGUGAAUGCACGUACUGACCGGGAGUCCACCCCUCUAAUGGCAGCAUGCUACUAUGGCCACGUUAGUGUUGUUACUUAUCUUAUUAACAAAGGCGCCUUUAUGGAUCUUCAUUACAAAGAUGCCGGCAACACUGCAUUUCACGACGCUGUUGAAGGGGGCUACUUGGAGGUAGUCAGUCAACUUUUGGCUCUUGGAGCAUCACAACUGCCAAAUAAUCAAGGUUUAACACCACUUCUUUUUGCCUGUGAUAAAUGUUCCAUUGAAAUCGUGGAUCAUAUUAUCAACAGACCGGAAUGUAUAAAGGAACAGAAAAUUGAUGCUCUUGAACUUCUUGGUGCCACCAUUGCAAAUAAUGGAUCUCGUGACAUUAAUAAAGCGUUUAGCUACAUGAAACGUGGAAUGGAGAUGAGAUAUGAAGACCCGGCACAUCCAUUGCUUAAAAAGAAAACGGAACCUGUGGAAGCUUACGAAAAUAGAAAAGAGAGUCAAACGCUUGAGGAACUUGCUCUGUUAGAAGGUGAUGAUCAUGCUAUUGGCAUGGAAGGACUUAUAAUCAGAGAGAGAAUCCUUGGGCCUGACAAUCCAGUACUUCGGGGCCCAAUUAGACACCGGGGGGCUGUUUUAGCUAACUCUGGGAAGUACGAGCUUUGUAUUGGUUUGUGGAAACUAGCGAUGGAGAAAGCCUUUAACUGCAAUGAUCCAAUAACAAAAGUAACAGUUGAUGUUGUAUCCUUCGCAGAUCUAUUUGGAUUUAUGGUAAAAGUAAGUGAACUUUUAAGACCAAAUGUCGUCGAAGACGUGUUUGAAAUACUGGUUGCUGCAAGUGAGAAACGGACAGAACCAUUGAAGUCUGGAAAAUUACAAGACGCGCGUAAAAACAAGGAGCAAGAAAAAACGCUUAACGGUGCUCUCUAUCUUUUGAUGAUAUACUCUAAACUAAAAGUUCAAAAUCCCAGCAUGAUUGACCUUCUUCAAAGAUUCCUGCGUUUAAAUCCUUGUAACAAUGAUGGAAAUACUCUACUGCACUUAGUUGUGUGGCAGGAAACUCCAAUUAAAGAAGACAACCAUGUGCGAAGUGUGUGCAAGCUUCCCUGUGUUGAGACCAUGAAGCUUAUUUUACAUGCAGGAUGUGAUGUAAAUGUCGAUAACACCGAGGGAAACACACCUCUCCAUCUAGCUGUGACGUUCAAGCCUGCUGACCCUGAAGAAGUCGUGAUUUUGUCAGAAAUGCUGCUGUUGUUGUUAGAUGUCGGUGCAGACCCAAAUGUGGCAAACAAAAAUGGCCAAACAGCACUGGACAGCUGCGAAACUGACGCAGCUCGUAGGAUCCUGCUUGAGAAAGGAAGACUGAGUGCCAUGAACGUCGACGUUGGAGAUGUAAGAAAGUUUUAAAUUUUAACAUAUCAUAAUUCCCUAAAAUCAUUACAGCAACCUUUGUCAGGAAAUGAGAGAGUACUUUCUUCCGUGUCUAUCUUGUGUUCAUUGUUGCAAUUGUAUAACUUCACGCUAAUGUAUGCCCGUCUGUUCUGUCGUAAUUUGUAAUAAUUGUGAUAAUCUGUAAUAGCUGUCGUAAUUUGUAAUGAAACAAUUUAUCGCAAUGCAGCUGUUUUAAUAGCCAAAAAUGGAUGUUUGAAAGGGACAUGUACAGUAGGCUCUCAGAGAAAGCUACGGUGCAAGCGGGCGCCAAUUGUUAGUUAGUGACCUAAGAACUGUUAUGAACCGUUCGAUUUAUGUUUGCAAAAAGUAUCUCAGAUAGAAAGUUCGAAGGACAAAUCAAACCGAGAGGCGUCAGGGUAAUACUAUCAAUUGACGAUCUUUCAAAGUAACUUGUAAAACAGUAAGCGCAUUCACAAAUUUUUGGAAUCUCUUUGGCCGUAGGGCUAUUUAGCGCUGCAUUCAUUCAGUCAGUCAAUAAUAUGUCAGCAUGCGUUCAACCGACUUGUUUCCAUGUCACACGACCAGCUAUAACAAAUUUCCACGCGAACGACAAGAAACUUACUCUCUUAGGCCUUGAACUUGAAAAGCUUGAAAACCCAUCAGUCAGAAUAUUUAAAAAAUUUUAUUAAUUUCAAAGCUGUCAUUGCCAGGUUAAAGGGAAGGGAAGGUCAUUUUGCUACUUCCCUCUUCCAUUUUUUCCCUCGCCGUUUCCUCGCGAUUUUUACCCCCUUCCACCAACAGGAGCGCUUUUUUACGUGACGUUUUUUCGUUACGGAUUCAAGACAGAUCGUGGUUUUGAAUACAUAAUAGUUUAAAUAGUUUAGGAGUAUAGUCCAUUAAUCGUACUUAAAUAGCUUUGGUAUCCUCUAAGUGGAUGUUUUUGCCACUUUCACAAAGGCUGGAAAACUCGGAAGUGGAACUGGUAAGAGAAAAGGAGGAGGAGGAGGAUUUGUUCCAAAGGAAAUGCCGGGUAAGAGAAUCUAACCAAGGGACCAAUUUGUUGAGGCGAAUAAUUGUACCCAGUAUCAUUGAACUUUACUGAUGAGCCGUUAGGUGCCAUUUGAUGUGAUAAAAGAGAAGGAAUUGAUGCCGAUGACCCGAUGCGGCGGCUCUCCUCAUCCUUCAAGGGGGGUAAAAAAUAAAUAGAUGAUGUAUUUGGACUGUUCUGAGAGUUAGAAGUAUUAUGUAUGAACAAAAAAAAAUAAGCAAAACACCAAUCAAAAGAAAUUUAAUUUGUAUUCGUAAAUAAAAGAAAAAUAAGGCCAGCCCAUGAGUGUAACCAAGAGAACAACAAGAGAGGAGACUAAAUACCCUAUAUGGAAGUAUAAAAAAAAAAUAAACAUUCAAGCAACACACGAGGUAUAUUAUUAUCUUAACAUCAGAUACCUUAGGUUAGACCAAGGACUUUUUUGAAAGUCUAACCUUAAUUCUAAAAUUAAAAUAAAGUAAUUUAUAUUGAAAGGAAUUGCCCUCUAGAAUGAGGCAACUAUAGAAGAUUUAGUCUGUUGAUCCUCUCUAGAUAUUACACCAAGCGUGAGACCGAAGAAAAUUGUCUCUUUUUAGUGUGAGACAAAAAGCCAAAAAUGGCGUCCUUCUAUCUUUAUUUUAUUUAAGGACAAUUAAUGGAGUUGAGACAACAGUUGCAAAAUGUCCAAGGGCAACUAAGACUGAGAGACGGACAACUGAGGGAAGCGACACGACAACUGACAAAUGUUCAAGGGCAACUACAGGAGAGAGAUGGACAAUUGAGGCAGAUGACACAACAGUUUACAAAUUUUCAAGGGCAACUGGGAGCGUUGACUCAACAGUUGACAGAUGCUCAAAGACAGCUACAAGAAAAAGAUGA